UUCUUUUCCUGAGAAAGGCUGUAAUUAUGGUCCCUGCUAAUUUAUAAGUUAAAAGAAUAAUGUGUAUAUAAAAACUGAUUUGAUAUAGUGAUGAGGCAUCACGCUAGAAACUGGGAAACCAGUCCUCCUUAGGCACUAAGAUACAAAAUUGGGUUACCUUAAGCCAGUUACUUUCUCAGCCUGGGAAGAAGGCAUUGGCAAAAUUCUUGCCAAGAAAACUGCAGGGACUUGUUCAGGCAGUCACUAGGAGUCAGGGCUGACUUGAAACAUCUGCCGCCUCUCCAUCCCAAAAUCUCACAGGAUACUUCAGCAGUUAUCUGUUUUAACAUCCAACCCAUUCAAUGUAUGAAAACCCCAAAAAAUGGCCAUUGGGGGGGGAGGGGUGUUAAUAAUGCUUCUUUGCAACAGUUCUUAUCCUAAUAAAAGCUUUUCUUCAGCUUUUUUCAAGGGCAAGCACUCCAACAUGCUCAUGUGUUAUUGUUAAUAUUCCCCAGUUCCUGCUGUGAAACUUCUGCAGGAUGUCUGAUAAAUUGAUAUCUUUCAUUCAUGAUGGCUUUGUGGGGAGGAAGCAGUUUAGGAAAUGUGUCAUGGUUGUGGUUAUUAGGAGUAUGACAGAAUUAGUGUUAUAGCAUGAACAACAUAGUGCCUGGAAAGAAAGAAUAUGAAGAAGAUGGUUAAAGGCCACAGGUCCUUGGAUUUGCUUGUCAUGGUCUGGCCCUUCCUGAUGAGAUUUCUAUUCCUUUGCCAAAGAGGAUGGACCCUCAAUUUGCAUGCAGAUGCCCCCACUGUGUAUUCUGGCCCUACUGGAAGCUAUUUUGGAUUUGCCUUGGACUUCUUCCAGGACAGUAAAGGAAGCAUGAAUGUAGUCGUGGGGGCCCCUCGGGCCAACACAUCGCAGCCUGGUGUGAUAGAAGCAGGUGCUGUGUAUUUGUGCCCUUGGAAACCUAAUGGUGGUACCUGCGUCCCUAUUGAGUUUGAUACUGAAGGUGAUCAAGAGAGAACACUUGGUGUCACUACUGUGAAAACCUUCAAGUCUAAACAGUGGUUUGGAGCAUCUGUAAACACCUGGAAACAAAGUAUUAUGGCCUGUGCCCCAUUGCAACACUGGAAUGCCAUGGAAAAUAAGGAAGAGGCCACCAAAACUCCAGUGGGCAGCUGUUUCUUGGCCACAGGAGACCGUCAGAAUUUCUCUGAAUACUCCCCAUGCCGUCAGAUCCAUAUGCACUCUGUUUACAAAUCAGGGUUAAGUGGAAGUGACAAGCGUUACUGUGAAAUUGGAUUCAGCCUCACCAUCUCUCCGUCUGGGUGGCUGAUGCUUGGUGCACCAGGUGGAUAUUAUUUCACAGGUUUGUUCUAUUCAGUUGCCCUGUCAGAGGUUGAAGCAAAAUAUCCUCGUUCAUCUUCUACUUUGCUGUGGUACGUGAACUCAGAACUGGUAACAGAAGAUUAUAGACUGAAGAAAUAUGAGGAUGGAUACCGGGGUUACUCUGUAGCUUUGGGGGAGUUUAAUGAAGACUCAACAUCACCAGGUAUUGAUUAUUGCCACAAUCUCCUUCAAAGCAAGAUACCCUACCCUGAUCUCAAAACAAAUCUGUCUUUUCAGAGAAGCGGAAGGGGAAGGAAAGACGACAUUUUAGUGGGUGCCCCUCUUUUCAUGGAGCGCCGCUCAGAUGGGAAACUCUAUGAAGUGGGAAGAGUUUACGUAUACCUACAGCGGAGGAGCCCACGGCCUUACAGAACUCCUUGGCAGAAGUUGACUGGCAUAGAUAUCUAUGGUCGUUUUGGCAUGGCUAUUGCUUCUUUGGGUGAUAUAGAUCAGGAUGGCUACAUUGACAUAGCCAUAGGAGCACCCUUUGCGGGCCAAGAUGGAGGUGGCCAGGUUUACAUCUAUCGUGGGCACAGUGAAGGUCUGAGUGCAUCUCCAAGCCAAAUCCUCAAGAAUCCCUUUUCUGAGUCUGCUGGUUUUGGUUUUGCCAUCCGUGGAGCUUCUGACAUUGAUCUUAAUGGCUACCCUGAUGUGUUAGUUGGUGCUUUCAGAACCAACAAGGUAGCUGUCUACAGAGCUCAGCCAAUGAUUAUACUCAAAGCCCACCUUUCCAUACCUGAUGUGCUUGAUUCAGAGAUGAAAACCUGUCCAGGAGCACAGGCCAGCUGCUUCAACAUCCAGAUGUGCGUAGGAAUGUCAGGAAAGAAGAUUCCAUUAGAAAUCGAACUAAUUACAGAGCUACAGCUGGACCAUAUGAAGCAAAAAUUUGGGAGACGGAUUCUCUUGCAACAAACCAACCAACCAAGCCAAUUAUUCCAAAUGAAAUUGUCCAAAAAAAUUCCUCUGACUUGUAAGAAUGUCACGGCUUACUUACGGGAUCAAGCUGAUUUCAAAGACAAACUGAGUGCCAUUGUUGUGAGUCUCAACUUCAGUUUGGCAUCCUUCUCCAGAGCUGGAAUCCUGCAACCUAUUCUGUCUGGCCAAUUGAUGGUCCAGGAACAGACCCGCAUCAUUCUAGAUUGUGGAAAAGACAACAUCUGCAUUCCAGAUCUCAAACUCUCUGCUCGCACGAAUGAAACUUUCCUGCUUAUUGGGGCUGAGAAUGUGGUUAUCAUCCAGAUUACAGCAACAAAUGCUGGAGAAGGAGCCUAUGAAACUGAGUUAAUAGUGGAGCUGCCAUUUGGGGCUUACUUCCAAAGAGCUAACAGCAGUGCUCAGAAACUGAGCUGUAAUUUCCGCAAGGAGAAUGAAACCAAAUUGGUGGCUUGUGAAGUGGGCAACCCAAUGAAAUCUCACACAGAGAUCAAAUUGGAUUUGGAACUAAGUAUCAGCCAGUUAGAAGAUGCCAAUAGUAGCAUUGUCUUUGUGCUGCAACUCAAGAGUAAGAAUACCCUGAACCCCAACAGCAAUAUAAAACGGUUGCAGGUGCCACUCAAGGUUGAUGCACAGGUAGAGCUGUUUGGAAUCUCUAUACCAGCUGCGACUGUGGUCUCAUGGACUCUUGAGGACUUUAAGAACAAGAGCAAUGAAGUUUAUGAAUAUGGACCAAAAAUAGAGCAUAUCUAUCGGUUGCAUAAUGCAGGCCCUAGCACAGUUUCUGGAGCUGAUCUGCAUGUGCAUUUCCCCAGUCACUUCUGGAAAGGCUUCUUGCUUUACAUCACAAGAGUUAGCACAGAAGGCAACAUAAUCUGUUCAUCUACAAAUGAGACCAACCCACCAAAGGACCCCACAAUUGCUCCCGGCAAUCUGACUAUCCCUUCAUGGGAUUGGCAUGAGAGGCGUGAUGUCAACUUUUCAACAUUUAAGGAACCUAUUGAGGUGAAUUGUAGCAGCCAGCUGUGUGCUGUUAUUUACUGCCAGGUGGGAACCCUGGAGAGAGACCAUGGAGCUAUGGUGACUAUUCAAUCAGUACUGUGGCUGCCCAGUUUCCAGGAGCAGUUUCCAAAGCAGCUUCAUAUCCAAUCCCGGGCCCAGUUUAUUGCCACAGGGAUGCCUUACAACAUUCAGCCAGAGGCUCUACCCAGUGGAGCUGCCCUGGCUAAAACACUGGUGGAAUGGGUGAACCCUGAUGCUGAGAGAGACAUCCCUAUAUGGUGGAUUGUAACAGCUGUGUUGGUGGGACUUCUCCUCCUUGCAGUCUCCAUUAUUGUUCUUUGGAAGACAGGUUUUUUCAAGAGAAACCGACCACCCACCGAAGAUGAAGAACAACUAACUCAUGAUCCUGGAGUUCAGUCAGGUGGAGAAGGGCAAUAAGGCAUUUUAUCCCUCCCGUAUCUAAUCUCAUUAUUGAAUUCCUUUCCUGUUCAUAUUCUCGACAGACAAUUUGUAAAGAAUAUAAUUCAUCCACUUCCUAGAUGGGCAAGUCAUAUUGUCAUCAGCUCCUCAAUUUCAAAAAUCAGGUCCCUGGCUGCAAAGCUUUCUUAUAACCCCAUCCAAGUGCGGUUACCAAGUGCAGAUUCAAAAACUCACCUAUUUAUAAUAAUGAAAAACAGGUAAUGGAAGAUGUUAUAAAAAAAUUCAAUACUUUAAAGCAGGGGUCUCCAACCUUGGCAACUUUAAGACCUGUGGACUUCAACUCCCAGAAUUCUGAGAGUUGAAAGUCCACAAGUCUUAAAGUUGCUAAGAUUGGGAACCCCUACUUUAGUACAGGUGUCAAGCUCGCCACGUCACGUUGCCAUCACGUGACGUUUCGCGAUAUUUUUCUCCUUCGUGCAGCUGAGAUGGGCGUGGCCUGCAUAGGAUGCAUAUGGCCCACGGGGCCGCCAGUUUGACACCCCUACUUUAAAGAAUCCUUCACAAACUUAAACGUAAACAUUUUGCUUAUUAAAGGGAGAGUAUUAAAAAACUGCCUGAUGUAUUAAAUGCAUAUGAAAAUUAUCCAUAUUCCAUCAACAUUCUUGCAGCUAAGAAAAUUCUGAUUUUCUUUUAAAUAAUGAUAUUUUUCUGUGGUGUACUUUGUUCCUUUUUGUAUCAUUUCCCUUUAUUAUAUAACUCUGUCCCAGACUGCAAUAUUCCUUAAUAAUUAAGGUAUGAACACUCUUGUAAAAAAUGUGUGAUCUGAUCUGAGAAACUAUUAACCAUUCUUAAUUCACAACCAAUCAGUUCCUAGGUAUAAUUCCUUCCCAAUAUUUUUAAAAAGGAGUAAACAUUAAGACUUUUUGCAUUAACAAUAUUGGCUUCUUUGACUCUUUGUGGUCCCUGGAGACGUCAGGUGGUGUUGAUGC